UCGAGAGAUUUACUAGAAAAUCCAGUUGCGUGUAUUCUUACGCUGGCGAACAUUUAAAUUAACGGAACGGUGAUCAGGAACAGUGAUCGCGGUCAUUUAACAUUUGGUCGGAGAUCGUUGCGUGUCGUAACUAUUUGGAUGCGUUUACAAACGUUUGGCAAUAUCGGAAUAUAGGAUCGAUCGGAACGCUUUUGUACUUGAGGGACUAUUUUUAGAUAGAGGGGCGGUCAUUGGCGGCCAUGAUGGGUGUCAGCGGCAAGUAGUGACGGCAUUCACUUUGCGUCAGUUGGUUUUGUGCGCUGAUGGUUGGACCGAGGUUUCUUGAUUGAGAAGAGCGCACCAUAAGCCAAAACAGUUGUAUAUAGGAACGUUCGACAGCCGCGAUAGAUUUUUCAUUGGGCAACCGCGGCUGAAAAACCUCGUGAAUUUUGGGAAAACAUCAGGAAAAUGACGCAGUUACUACCCAUAAGGUUUCAAGAACAUCUCCAGCUCACAGCUGUUGGGAUUAAUGCUAACAAUGUCAGCUUUAAUACACUCACAAUGGAAUCUGAUAAAUUCAUUUGCGUUCGAGAGAAAGUUGGUGACACCGCACAGGUAGUUAUUAUUGAUAUGAAUGAUUCUGCGAAUCCUAUCAGAAGACCCAUUUCUGCAGAUUCUGCAAUCAUGAAUCCUGCAAGUAAAGUAAUAGCUUUAAAAGCAAUGAAAACUCUUCAGAUAUUUAACAUAGAAAUGAAGUCAAAAAUGAAAGCUCAUACAAUGACAGAGGAUGUAGUCUUUUGGAAAUGGAUAUCAUUAAACACUUUAGCAUUGGUAACAGAGACUGCUGUUUAUCAUUGGUCUAUGGAAGGGGAAUCUACACCAAAUAAAAUGUUUGACAGACAUUCAUCGCUAAAUGGCUGUCAAAUAAUUAAUUAUAGAACUGAUCCAAAACAAACAUGGCUACUACUGAUUGGUAUUUCUGCUCAGCACAAUAGAGUGGUUGGUGCUAUGCAACUUUAUUCUGUGGAAAGGAAAUGUUCUCAACCAAUUGAAGGACAUGCUGCUUCUUUUGCCCAAUUUAAAAUGGAAGGGAACGCAGAACCAAGUAAUUUAUUUUGCUUUGCUGUUAGAACGGUACAAGGUGCAAAGCUCCAUAUUAUUGAAGUGGGUCAACCUCCUGCUGGUAAUCAUCCAUUUCCAAAGAAAGCAGUGGAUGUUUUUUUCCCACCAGAAGCUGGAAAUGACUUUCCUGUUGCUAUGCAAGUCAGCUCAAAGUAUGACGUUAUAUAUUUAAUAACAAAAUAUGGUUAUAUACAUAUGUAUGAUAUCGAAUCUGCUACAUGUAUAUUUAUGAACCGUAUAUCUGGAGAAACUAUUUUUGUCACUGCACCGCAUGAAGCAUCUGGUGGUAUAAUAGGAGUAAAUCGAAAAGGUCAAGUAUUAUCUGUGUCCGUUGAUGAAGAAAACAUAAUUCCAUAUAUAAAUGGAGUACUACAAAAUUCUGAGCUUGCAUUGCGAAUGGCUGUAAGAAAUAACUUGUCAGGAGCUGAAGACUUGUUCGUUAGGAAAUUUAAUUUGCUUUUCCAAAAUGGUCAGUACGCAGAAGCGGCCAAAGUUGCAGCAAAUGCACCGAAAGGAAUACUUCGAACUCCAGCGACUAUUCAACGGUUCCAGCAAGUACCAACCACACAAGGACAAACAUCACCCUUGUUGCAAUAUUUUGGAAUACUUCUAGAUCAAGGACAAUUAAAUAAAUAUGAAUCUUUGGAAUUAUGUCGUCCAGUACUUGUACAAGGUCGCAAGCAACUUCUUGAAAAAUGGUUGAAAGAAGAUAAGUUGGAAUGUAGCGAAGAAUUGGGUGACCUGGUGAAACAAGCUGAUCCAACUUUAGCUCUCAGUGUUUAUUUAAGAGCUAAUGUCCCUAAUAAAGUUAUACAAUGUUUUGCAGAAACUGGCCAGUUCCAGAAAAUUGUAUUGUAUGCUAAGAAAGUUUCUUAUACCCCUGAUUAUAUAUUUUUGUUAAGAAAUGUCAUGAGAAUCAAUCCAGAUCAGGGUGUAGCAUUUGCCCAGAUGUUAGUGCAAGAUGAUGAACCUUUGGCUGAUAUCAAUCAAAUUGUGGAUAUAUUUAUGGAACAAAAUAUGGUUCAACAAUGUACAGCAUUUUUGUUAGAUGCUUUGAAGAAUAACCGGCCAAGUGAAGGAGCUUUACAGACACGACUUUUAGAAAUGAACUUGAUGUCCGCUCCACAAGUUGCUGAUGCCAUCUUAGGGAACCAAAUGUUCACUCACUACGACAGAGCUCACAUCGCACAAUUGUGUGAAAAAGCUGGCUUAUUGCAACGUGCUUUAGAGCAUUAUACUGAUUUAUAUGACAUUAAGAGAGCUGUGGUACAUACACAUUUACUUUCUCCGGAUUGGCUUGUUGGAUUUUUUGGGACACUAUCUGUUGAAGAUUCUUUGGAAUGUCUGAAAGCAAUGUUGACUGCUAACAUAAGACAAAACUUACAAAUCUGCAUUCAAAUUGCAACAAAAUAUCACGAGCAAUUGACUACUAAAGCAUUGAUAGAUCUAUUUGAAAGUUUUAAAUCGUACGAGGGAUUGUUUUAUUUCUUGGGAUCUAUUGUUAACUUCAGUCAAGAUCAAGAAGUACAUUUCAAAUAUAUUCAAGCGGCUUGUAAAACUGGACAAAUUAAAGAAGUGGAACGAAUUUGUAGAGAAAGUAAUUGUUACAAUCCAGAACGUGUAAAAAAUUUCCUCAAAGAAGCAAAGUUAUCUGAUCAGCUACCUUUAAUCAUUGUUUGCGAUCGAUUCGAUUUUGUACAUGAUCUUGUGUUGUAUCUUUAUCGAAAUAAUUUACAAAAGUAUAUAGAAAUUUACGUUCAAAAAGUAAAUCCGUCACGUCUACCAGUUGUUGUGGGUGGUUUGCUUGACGUAGAUUGUUCAGAAGAUAUAAUAAAAAAUUUAAUCCUUGUGGUACGUGGUCAGUUCUCUACUGACGAACUUGUAGAAGAAGUUGAGAAGAGAAACCGUUUGAAACUCUUACUUCCAUGGUUGGAGUCUCGUGUUCAUGAAGGUUGUGUUGAACCUGCUACGCAUAAUGCACUAGCAAAGAUAUACAUUGAUAGUAAUAACAACCCAGAAAGAUUCCUUAAAGAGAAUCAGUUUUAUGACAGUAGAGUAGUAGGAAAAUAUUGUGAAAAACGUGAUCCACAUUUAGCUUGUAUUGCAUAUGAGCGUGGUCAAUGCGAUCGGGAAUUGAUAAGUGUAUGUAACGAGAAUAGCCUUUUCAAAAGUGAAGCUAGAUAUUUGGUAAGACGUAGAGAUCCAGAUUUGUGGGCUGAAGUUCUUCUUGAAAGCAAUCCCUACAAAAGGCCGUUGAUUGAUCAGGUCGUACAAACAGCUUUAUCAGAAACACAAGAUCCUGAAGAUAUAUCAGUUACCGUUAAAGCGUUUAUGACUGCUGAUUUACCAAAUGAACUAAUCGAGCUUCUUGAGAAGAUUGUACUCGACAGUAGCGUAUUUAGCGAUCAUCGCAAUUUACAAAAUCUUUUGAUUCUAACGGCAAUAAAAGCUGAUCGUACGCGUGUUAUGGAAUAUAUCAAUCGAUUGGAUAAUUAUGAUGCUCCUGAUAUUGCUAACAUUGCUAUUAAUAAUGAGUUAUACGAAGAAGCUUUUGCCAUUUUUAAGAAAUUCGACGUGAAUACUUCAGCUAUCCAAGUUUUAAUUGAGCAAGUUAAUAACUUAGACAGAGCUUAUGAAUUUGCUGAAAGAUGUAACGAACCACCGGUAUGGUCUCAAUUAGCCAGAGCACAAUUACAACAAGGUUUAGUUAAAGAAGCUAUAGACAGUUUCAUUAAGGCUGAUGAUCCGUCAGCAUAUGUAGACGUGGUAGAAACUACUCAUCGAACUUCUCACUGGGAGGAUUUGGUUCGUUACUUGCAAAUGGCUCGCAAAAAGGCGCGUGAAUCUUUCAUUGAAAGCGAAUUAAUUUACGCAUACGCAAGAACCAAUAGACUUGCAGAUCUUGAAGAGUUCAUUUCUGGUCCUAAUCAUGCCGAUAUUCAGAAGAUCGGCGAUAGGUGUUUCGACGACAAAAUGUACGAUGCUGCUAAACUUUUAUACAACAAUGUAUCGAAUUUUGCACGAUUAGCUAUUACGCUUGUUCAUCUGAAAGAAUUCCAAGGUGCCGUCGACAGUGCUCGCAAAGCGAAUUCAACUCGCACUUGGAAAGAAGUUUGCUUUGCCUGUGUGGAUAGUGGGGAAUUUAGAUUAGCGCAAAUGUGUGGAUUGCACAUAGUCGUACACGCUGACGAGUUAGAAGAUUUAAUCAAUUAUUAUCAAGAUCGGGGGCACUUCGAGGAACUUAUUAAUUUGUUGGAAGCUGCUUUGGGACUUGAAAGAGCGCACAUGGGAAUGUUCACUGAAUUAGCUAUACUUUAUAGCAAAUAUAAACCUCAACGAAUGAGAGAACAUCUCGAACUUUUUUGGUCUCGAGUUAAUAUACCAAAGGUACUUCGUGCAGCAGAGCAAGCACAUUUAUGGGCAGAGCUUGUAUUUUUAUACGAUAAAUAUGAAGAGUAUGAUAAUGCAGUUCUUGCAAUGAUGCAACAUCCCACUGAAGCAUGGCGAGAAGGUCACUUCAAAGAUGUGAUUACUAAAGUGGCAAACGUUGAACUUUAUUACAAAGCUAUACAAUUUUAUGUCGAAUAUAAACCCCUACUUUUGAAUGACAUACUACUUGUACUUGCUCCACGCAUGGAUCAUACAAGAUCAGUUGCAUAUUUUAAAAGAACAGGGCAUUUGCAGCUUGUAAAGCCUUAUUUGAGGUCAGUUCAAGCGUUAAAUAAUAAAGCAAUUAAUGAGGCAUUAAACGGUCUACUUAUCGACGAGGAAGAUUAUCAGGGACUCAGAACAUCGAUUGACGCCUUCGAUAAUUUUGAUAAUAUCGCAUUAGCGCAACAAUUGGAGAAACACGAAUUAAUUGAAUUUAGAAGAAUUGCCGCGUAUUUGUAUAAAGGAAAUAAUAGAUGGAAACAAUCAGUUGAACUGUGUAAAAAAGAUCGAUUGUUUAGAGAUGCUAUGGAAUAUGCAGCAGAAUCUCGUAAUUCCGACGUUGCUCAAGAAUUAUUGGAAUGGUUCUUGGAGAGAGGGUCAAAGGAUUGUUUUGCCGCAUGUCUAUUUCACUGUUAUGAUUUACUUCAUCCAGAUGUUAUUCUAGAACUUGCGUGGAGACAUCGUAUUUUACAUUUCGCUAUGCCGUAUCUUAUACAAGUUGCACGAGAAUAUAUUAGCAAGGUUGAUAAGUUGGAAGAAGCUGAAAGCCGACGUAUGGAAGAAACUGAUCAUCAAGAACAUAAACCUAUGAUUAUGCCGGAACCUCAGUUAAUGUUAACAGCAGGACCCGGUAUGAUGGCACCUGGUUAUGCACCACAAGGUGUAUAUGGUGCACCGCCACAAGGCGUUUAUGCACCAACUGCAGCGGCGUACCAGGCUUAUGGUAUGUGAAACACAAUGUGCAACACGUUCAAUGACAGAGAUCAACAAAAUCUACUUUUCUAUAAUAUCUAGGUAGAACAGAUUAUUUCAAUAGCUCACAAUUAUAUAAAAUGCUAAAACAAUAUCAUUAAAGAGAAACGCGUUGCUGCAAAAUAACUGUAUCAUAAAUAAAGAUAAUGAAUUCAAAGUAAACUACGAAAUAUUUAAGCGUGAAUUUCUAGUUUAUGAGUAACAUUUAUAAAAUAAUUAAUUUACUGUUAAAGUAAUUAAAAAGUUCAUUGUUUACGGAAAAUGAAAAUAACCGUAAUAAAAACAAAAAAAAAAAAAAUACUUAAAUAUUUUGUGAAUACAAGAUGUCAUGUAAUAAACCUUUAAACGAGUAUGCAAUAGUAAUAAUUUUAGUAAUUCAUGUUAUAUUAAAACAUUCUACCAAUUGAAUUGGAAGCUUCACGAAGUAAAUACGACAUAGUUUCAUUGAAAUAUCGAUGUAUUGCGUACGUGCCUUUGUUUAAGUAUUGGAAACAAAAGUUUUAGUUUAAGGUAACAUAAAAUUAACAAUAUUAAAAAUAAAUACUUGUAAGUUUCAAUUCAAUAAAUGUGUCACCAAAUUACGAAGUGCUUCCUUUUUAGUAAAAAAUAAAAGAAAAAAAAAAGAAAGAAAAAGAAGAAGAACAAAACUGGAUUAAAAAUAUUUAACAGAUUAUUGAGAGAAACAAUAAGUACUCAAAGCUGACAUAUUAUAUUCGUAUCCAUCCAAUGGAAAAUUAAGUGUGGGAAAAUUUUAUUCUAAUAUAUAUAAUUUAUAGUAAUAAAAAAAGGAUCUAUUUAUUUAAAUUUAUUAAAAACGUUGUUGUCGCAGUCAAAUACACGAGCCUCAAAAUAUCUAGCAAAAUAAAAGAAAGCAGCAUAUAUCAGUACAUCAGUAUAAUGCGAAAUGAAGCUAAGAAGUCUGUAAACUGUACGUAAUGUAUCUAGAAAUUUAAAUAUAGUAAGAUAUGAAAUACAUUUGUAUGUCUAUCAGUAUAUAAAUUUAAUAUCUAUGUGUGUUAUUGUUGUGGCAUGGAUAAAUAACUUUAGCAUUUGACCAGGCAGCCAAAUUGUGAGAUAUAGAAUAGUAAUGUUAUAUGCUCUCCUAAAGGAAAAGGAAAAAAAGAAAAAAUAACGAUAAUGAAGGUAGCUCUCUGAUAUACUCUUAUUAGCAGAGAACAUAUUUAAUCUAUUGAAAAUAUAACAAACUUUAUAACGAUCUCGUCAUAUUGAUGUAUGGAUAUAUGUACUGAAACUUGUUUAUGCUGGCUUACAAUAUUAUGAUCUUAUUUUUUUUUUGUACACAUUACAUUAAAGUAUUACAACACUUGUAAAGAAAGUGGAGGUGUUAUAAAGACAUAUGAGCUAGGUAAUAAUUUUAUUUCUAAUGUGUUUAAUUUUUCUAGAAAUAUAAUUUCAAGUUUUUUUAUUUUACUUAUUGUAUUUGUUUUAUACAGUGUAUGUAUAAUGUCCUAUUUGGAUGUAUUGUUCGUUAUAUCAUUGUAUUAAUGUAUAAUGAAAUUACGAUACGAGUAUUAAUGCAAGUUGGAUAACCAGAUUCCAUACAUAUUGAGAAUGACAGAAUCAUUGACGUUUCUGCUCGUUAAAUGAUUCACAUCGUUUGUAUAAAAUGCUCUAUUAAUAAAUCAGGAUCAGUGUACAAGAUAUAUCGGAAAAAAUAGUAUAUUUUUCUGGCAUAUCUUACAUUCAAUGUUCCUAAAAGAGCAACAUUAUUGCGUAAGACAUUUUGAGUGACAUUUUUUUCUGUCAUAUAUCGUAAAAGGAAUAGGCGAUAUGCACUUGCAAAUUGUUCUCAUUAUUUAUAUACAUAUAAAAUGAACGUUGGAAAUUGAGAAAAAAAAUCGUACUAUCGCAAUAAUAUGAUAAACUAUUGUGAGCAAACUUUCGUUUGCAACGAUUGCAGUCAUUUUAACUGCAUAUAUUAAAUGAAAAGUUAAAAUUAGAUGAUGCAAAGAAGAGUCUGUAACAUUCCCAAUAAUCACUUCACUUUCAUUAAAAUUAUAUAAUGAAUAAAAAUAUAGAUUAAAAAAAUGUAUCUAAUGCCUGCUGUUCUGCAGACAAGAUCGUAAUGUAAUUGUAUCAUUGUUUGAAUAUUGUGGAUUAUAAUAAAAUAUUAGUAAAUUUAGAAAUAAAUAUACCAAAAUUGGUUGUUAAUUACAUAAAUAUACAUAUACAUGAUCAAAAUCAUAUACCUGUAAUGUUGAAAGUCAGUAUAAAAUGUGAGACAUUUAUCGCUAUUGAAUUUAUUUCAAUAAACAACUGUAUGACUUGAA